AUGACUCCCAUUAACACCUGCGUCCUUGGUGUCGGCCUUUCUGGCCUCACCUUCCACGUUCCAUUCGUUCUUGCCUUGCCUGAACUCUUCAACUUGCAUUCCGUUCUAGAACGCAACCCAUCCACCGAAGGUGGCAAGGUCAAGGAAAGAUUCGGCGUCACUACCAAAAUCCACAGGUCUAUCGAUGAUGUUGUUGCGGAUCCGGAGAUCGAGUUGGUGAUUGUUGGAACGCCCAACGAUACGCACUACGCAUUCGCAAAGGCUGCGCUGAACGCUGGAAAGCAUGUUCUCGUCGACAAGCCCGUCACAGCUACAUUUGAAGAAGCAAAAGAAUUGGGCGCUUUGGCUAAGGCAAAGGGCCUUGUUUUAUACCCAUACCAAAAUCGACGUUGGGAUGCCGAUUUCUUUGCUCUGAAGAAGCUGCUCGCAGAGCCUGAAGCUAGUCCUCAUUCCCUAGGGGCACUCACAGAAUUCGAAUCACACCACGACCGAUUCCGCAAAGGCUUGAAGGGAACUUGGAAGGAUGUGCCUUCCCCGGGAGUAGGGCUGACCUACGACCUGGGCUCACACCUCAUCGACCAGACACUAUGCCUCUUUGGACGGCCGGACCGCAUUACAGCCUUCAUCCAGAACCUGAGGGGGAUAGGGAGUCCUGAUGUAGAUGAUUGCUUUACCAUCUUUAUGCACUACAAUGCGGGGGCGCGGAAUCCGUACCCUCUGACAGCAAUUUUGCGUUCACAUAUUCUAUCCGUCCGGUCGCCCCAGCUCCGGUAUGUCGUGAGAGGAACAAAGGGAACAUACACGAAAUUUGGGGUCGACGUGCAGGAAGACCAGCUCAAGGUGAUAUCAUCGCCCAAAGCUAUCUUGGAGGGGCAAUAUGGCAUGGAGCCAGACUAUCUGUGGGGAACUAUUGAGAGGAUUGAGGCCGACGACACGACGGUAACCCGAUCCAAAUGGCCGUCGAUAGAUGCUGGCUGUUACACCGACCUAUUCCGGAACCUGGGCGGAGCAAUUCGAAAUGGCGAAGAACUGACAAUUAAAUGGGACGAGGCGGCAGCAGUAAUCGAGAUGAUUGAACUGGCGCAUACAAGUUCCAAGGAGGGAAUCACGCGCAAUGAUGGAUCGUUUGUUACUCUCGUAGCCACCAUGUCGCUCGUAGAUAUCCGCGUCGACUUGCCUACUCAUUCCCGCUCGUUCACCGUCAAGGUGUCCCCGUCGAGCUCUGUUCUCGAUGUCAAAGAAGAGAUAUACCACACUUGUCCAGGCGCUCCCCGUACCUCCGGUCAGCGCCUCAUAUGGCGCGGGAGAAUGCUGGAGGAUGACGAGAAAAUCGAGAAUCUGUGGAAGACCGAGCCAAGGAUCGUCCAUUUGGCUGUUCACCCUUCCGCUUGGUCGUCUCCUCCGACUGCCACCCAACCCCAGCCCCAGGCACAACCGCCACCGCAACCACGAUCGCAGCCACCCCCGAUACCUAUAGUCCCUAUACAUUACACUCUCAAUCCUACUUCAAAUCCCGGUACCUGGAGGAACACAACCCAAUCUUCCAACAUUCCGUCUCUGCCUAGGAAUGCGCUGAACUACGUCUAUUAUCAACAUCGCAAGGCGCUUGCCGCUCUUUCUUCCCAAAUGCCAAUACCUGCUUUUAAUCUCUACGAAGCCUCAAACGAGGCUCGGGAUCUCGCUAUCUAUGCCGUCGAGCGCAGUGGCUUUAUUUGGCCUGCCAUUCUCGAUGAGCCUUAUCCGCGAGGGUCCUGGAAUCCUGGCGCUGAAUAUGAAAUUAGACAAAUCGACGGUGGUCUGUUCUUGCAUCUGAAAGACGUUCGUCCGCCGACGCCAAUGCAGCAACACGCAUUCAAAGUUCUGUCUGUUACGUUCACUCUCUUAACGGCGUCGGUGUCGUCUCCGCCCAUGAUGCGUACGGUGGAUGCUCUGUCGUCGACAUCUGUGGCAGGCGCGCCUCAUCUCAACGAACUCUUGCAGCAGUUUGGGAUGCCACCUCUCAGGGCAGCAAUGAACGGUGAUCAUGGCUAUCCAGGCGACUUUGUCGUACAGCGGGAUGAUGGUAUAGUUUUCCGGCAGAUCCCCAUUCGCCCCCUCCUUGCGCCGCUGAUGAUGCUUAUUUUGCGAACAUCUCUGUUGCUUUACUUUGUCGCGCCUGCCCGGACGCCGGUGUUUGGUGCGCUGAUACUUGCUUGGAUGUUGUACGAGAUUUGGCAGCCUAUUAGAAACGGGAUACAGAAUGGCUGGGGUAGGAAUCCGGGGGCAGGUUUGAAUCAGGGACAACAGCAACAGAAUGUCAAUGACGCGCCCGGGAACGUAGUGCCCAACGCGGUUCCAGCUCCUGGGGGACCAGGAGUGCUCCCUGCGGCAGCGAAUGUGCCCGUGCGGCCCGGUCCAGUUGGACCUGUGACGUUGGAUCUGCAGGCGGGAGCGUUGCUUGACAACCUUGCAAACUUGAAUAUUGAGGAGGAGCAAAGGAUGCUGAAUCAAACGGAAGGCGCGCCUGCUGCUGAACCGGGGCUGGGACACAAGAUUACGACAUUUGUGAGUCUCUUUCUGACUACGCUGCACCCAGCGAUCUGGAACCGCAGACGGGUGGCUCUUCGAAGAAGGGAGGGUGUUGUGAGGACGGAAGCGAACGCGAGGUCUAGGGACGGGGAGGCGACUGCUGCUGAGGAACGACGAGAGGAGCUGCGGGCGCAGUUUAAUCGACGACCAGCGUGGAUACAGCGGUACAUGGAGCGGGUGGUUGCUGAGGAAUGGGUAGACGACUCUGACUGA